CUCACAUAACCUAUUAUAUUUUUCUUAUGAAUCUAUUCAAUAUUAUUUUGAUUAAACAUGCUUAUAUAAAACUGAACAAUAGUGUUUUAAAUUAUAUUGUAAACAUAAUUCUGAAAUCAUAAAGAAUGGCAUUAGUUCACAUAAUGUCGCCUAGAAGUUUAGACUUCACGAAAGUGCUCUGCAAACGCGGAGCACUUUCAGCACAAAUGUUGCAGUCUAAGUCAAAUGUUAUAACUCGAAAAUUCAGCCUUCUUAUUUCUCAACACGGCCAGAAUUUAAGGGUUUACCCCUUUCAAUGGAACAAAAUUCCUGGAGUACUAAAAUUAUCUAUAUUAGCACGAGCAAUGUCUCAAUCGAAGGAUUCCGCACCUCCAAAUAAUUCCACAGGUUCAGAUGUCAAAUCUGUGAAACCUGAAGAAAUUCUUGUUAAAGAAAUAUUGGUUAAAGGAGGAAAAAUAAUUGUAAGUGAACAACCACCUCACGAACCAUCAAUGCCAAAUGUCACGGAUAUAGUUAUUACAAAAGAUAAAAAGGCAACAUCAAAAGAAAAAGAACCACCCAAAAAAGAAGCUGCACCACCUAAGAGAACCAGAAAACCAUUUGAUCAUUCUGCUAAUUCUCUCGAAAGAAACUUUAUAACUCCUGUCCGAGCAAUGUCAGAUUUUCUUCUAAAACCAAGUGAUUUAGAAUCGUUACCAAAAACUAAACGAAGAUCACCCUAUGAACUUGAACCCCCAAUCAUAGUUCAUUGGCGAAGAGAUGUUGAAGCUGUUGCAAUUAAAGUAUGGGGUUCAAUGGAUAACUUGAGAAAAGAGCAUUUAAAGAGGGAAAUUGAAAGGAAAACUUAUCAACAAAAUGUCUUCACUCAAAAGCGACGUUUGAGAGAUUAUAGACGAGAGAUGGGUACAAGAACUGAAGUGGAACAAGAAUCUGGUUUAAUGGGAAGAUCUGGUCGUGUUGUGGUAGCUGCUGUAGCCAUCAAUGCAACAAACUGUCUUUUUAAAUUAUUUGCCUGGCUUUACACAGGAUCUAAUAGUAUGUUCUCAGAAUGUAUUCAUUCUCUGGCUGAUACUAUCAAUCAACUUAUAUUGGCCUAUGGUAUACAUAAGUCUGUUCAAAUGGCUGAUCCGACACAUCCCUAUGGGUAUUCAAAUAUGCGAUAUGUUGCCUCUCUUAUAUCAGGCGUAGGCAUUUUUUGUGUUGGUACCGGUCUAUCGAUUUACCACGGAGUAGAUGGGUUAUUAAAUCCACAUCCUGUAGAAGAUUAUUAUUGGGCUUAUUACAUUCUGGCUGGCUCCAUGAUAUCUGAAGGCGCAACUUUACUGAUGGCUUUUAACUCGAUCAGGAAAGGUGCAAAAGCUGCUUCAAUCUCAGUAAAAGAUUACAUUUUGCGAGGACAAGAUCCCAGUGUUAACGUGGUCAUGUUAGAAGACAUGGCUGCCGUAUUGGGUGUAGGCGUUGCUGGUUUGUGUAUGGGUUUAUCAAGCAUUACUAAUUCUCCCAUUCCUGAUUCAAUUGGAUCACUUUUGGUUGGAGGCUUGUUAGGGGGCGUAGCGUCCUUUAUUAUUUAUAGUAAUGUUGCCGCAUUAGUGGGUCGUUCCAUUCCACAAGAAAAAUUGGAUGAUAUGAAUGCAGUACUAGAAUCAGACAUAAUGAUUCGAGCUAUACAUGAUGUGAAAGGAAUAGAUAUGGGAAAUACUCUGGUUAGAUAUAAGGCUGAAAUGGACUUUGAUGGAAGGGAAUUAUCUAGGGCUUAUUUAGACAAGCUAGAUCUGAACGCUUUGUUGGAGGAAAUCAAGUCGUUCAAAACAAUAGAUGAAUUAGAAGAAUUUUUAUUGAAACAUGGUGAAAACAUAGUUGACCUUAUGGGAGGUGAAAUCGAUAGGAUUGAACUAAAACUCAGGACAAAGUUCCCACAAAUACGACAUUGUGAUUUAGAAAUCUUAUAGGGUAUACAGCAGAAAUAACUUUUAUCAUGAAGUUAAGAUUUGUGAUUGAAAAUCGAGCCACUAAUUAGCAUAUGAAUAUGAUUCAUAAUAUAUUAGCUAAUGCAUUUUGC